AUGUAUGAUACUCAGACCGUUAAUACAAUUCAUGGAUGUAUGAUACUCAGACCGUUAACACAAUUCAUGGAUGUGUGUUACUCAGACCGUUAUCGCAAUUCAUGGAUGUAUAAUGCUGAGAGCGUUAAUUACAAUUCAUGGAUGUAUGAUUUUCAGACCGUUAAUACAAUUCAUGGAUGUAUGAUUCUCAGACCGUUAACACAAUUCAUGGAUGUGUGUACUCAGACCGUUAUCGCAAUUCAUGGAUGUAUAAUGCUGAGAGCGUUAAUCACAAUUCAUGGAUGUAUGAUACUCAGACGUUAA